AGCCGCGGGACGCCGGCGCCGCCGACGGUGUCGCGGAUCUGUGCUCCACAUCAGCGCACCAUAUCGCCAACGCACCGCGGCUUAUCAUCGACACCUUGCCGAUUGGUGGAGUGGAGUGUUUGCGCGCCUGAUACGGCCCGCGGCCACCAAUCGAUUUCCUGUAAUAUCAAAUCUUAUCAUUAUCAUGGUGGACAUUUGUACCUCGUGUCAGUUCCCUGAUAUCGUAUCUGGAGAUACGAUCGAAAGUAUAAAUAUGAACCCAUCGAUCGAUCGGCUCUCUAUCGAAGUGUGGGCUGUGUGUACAAUUGACAGUGGUGUGGAGCUCCGCGUGAUUCAGUGCUUCCUGCCGAGAACAGGAGCUGCCUCCUCUGGGUAAUUAGCGUAUCCUGUGUGUAACGUACUGGUUUGUGUAUUGUUCCAUUUAAUUGUUUUUAUAGGCGUAUUUCAAAGUUUCUGUUGUAUUUUUUAACGUAAAGAUAGUUGACGUGGCAGCAACCUCAGUAGGUAGCUAGUAUGCACGGACAUUGAUAACACUAGCGACAUAGUACACCAGUGAUGUACAUGUCUCUGUAUCCAAUAGCUGAAUAAUUUAUUUAGUGUCGCAUCUAAAACGAAGCGUUAUAGUGAUUACGUAAUAACAUAUGGUGGUUGAACACAUGUGCUCUCUGCUUCCACGUGAUGUGCUCGCUGGAGUAAAUCAUAAAAAUAAUUGCCACUAACGCGCUUAAAUAUCAGACUAUGAGUAAUAAUUGUAACAGAAUAGGUAGGAACAUUGACGCGACAGGGAAAAGCGUUGCUCUUAUCACGAGUACGUUAGCCGCACCUUUUAGAGCUGUGAUAGCGGGCGCGCGUCCACAUGCGGCGCGCGCCUUCAUUGUCACACUAUGCGAGCCGCCAACACACAUAUCUUUGUGUUUCUUUAACUAUUUCUACUUUUUUUUGCAGAGCACAUCAGAAGAAUACUACAUAGUUGGCUAUACGUCUGAGUUGGACAGGGGAUCUUGACAGUUUAAUAUCUAACGCUGCCAGAUCUAUCUUUCCAGCUCACGCGUGAAGCCAUUUCACACGGCCCCACACAUGCUUACUCAUCACAAUAUUCGACUUCAUUCCAAGAAGAAUACCGCGUAAAAGAUUAAGUGGAGGUGUGAUCUCUUCACUUUUUAUGUUUAAAGUGAGAUUCAACUCCUCCAACUUAACCCUGAAGCGCAAAUACAACAAAGAGAAGAUUCGUUUUGAAGUUCCAGGAACAUUGUAAUGUGUAUUAAAACAUUUCAUUUCAUAUAAAAAGUAUUAAAAAUGUAGAUGAUAUGAUGGCACGUAUAAUAUUUAUAGUAAAAUUUGUAUUACAUAUCCAAUAUCUAUUGUUUUAUUUCAUGUUAGCCGUUCCCCGCAGCUUAGUCGGCGCGAAUGCGUUUCAUGUUUCCGUGUGAAUUUCCAACUGUACUGAAUGGUAAUUUAAUAUAUGGUAGUUAAAUCAUGUAAACCUUGAGCAAUAUUUUAUGUUAUAAGAGCUACCAGUUUCGAUUGUUCAUUUAUUUGUCUGUUUGUUUCUUUUUGAGAAUUUACAAUUUCUUAAAAAACAACCAUUUAAAAAUAAAUUAAGUACUUUAAUAAAAAUCAGGUAAAUAACAUUAUAAUUCAGUAUACAGAUUUGAAGUUAGAGCCAUAAAUAUAGAAUUAUCGUAAAUGAAACAUAAAAUCGCAUAUUGUUAAACUCAAAGGUUGGCGCCACUGAGCAAGCCACGUUGGAGUAUUAUGGAAGACCCAACGAAGCACAGACUAGUACGAAGUGCAUCACAAAUCACUAAAAAAAAAUCACAACACCCAAAACAAAAAAUGGGCAAAAAAAUGUUGGUAACACCGGUGCGCUAAAAAAGCUUGCAAACUUCACGCACCUAACCUGCGCUGGACAUCGACUCGUCCGUAUCUCUAAACUCGGGGAAAAUGUAUAUUGAUUUUUCAAAGAAAAGUCAACCGAUGUAACAAAACACCGUUCGCGAAGUGUUUAUACGCGUAUAAAAGCGUCGCGGUCAAUGUGCAGUGUCGUCGAGAUGGUGCGACGGUGUUUCUCGUCGCGUUUUGAGUGAGAUCGGAGAGAGUGUUGCGUCGCUCGGCCGACGGCCCGGAGCCCGGCCGCGGCCAGGGCCUGGGCGCGCCAUGGACGCCGGCGCUGCUGACCCGCUACGUGCGGCCAGGCCGUGAGUAUCGAGUCUCGUCUGCAGUUCUGUACCCGCUGCCCGCGGCGGCCGUUCCGCCCGCGGACUUACGUCGUGGAUUAUUUCGGUCUCUGUGAGCCCAUCCGAGGUUGCGAAACGUCCCGUCCGCGUUCGGUUCUCGCUCGGAGCGGACAUUCUCUCGCUCGUGCAGCGUCACGGCCUCCGUCGCGUUGCGCCAUUUCGAAACGGUCGCAUCGUCCGCGAGGCGAAGCGAGCGAGGACACGGCGACGUCGCGCGUCGCGGCAGCGCGGGCAGGGUGCUGCCGCUGUCCGCCGAUAGCGAUCUUGCAGCGCGGCGGCCGAGCGUGACCGCCUCCGCCUCGCACUGGCCCCGGUGCCACCCGUGUAUGAAUGACUCGGACCGCCGGGAUCGUAAAUCAGAAUCGUGUUUACAGUUUUUGCGGGGCGCACGAAACCUGUCGCGCUGCCCUUUGUCUCGGGGGCGGUGCGAGAGGCGCGCUAUCCGUCCUCGAGCGGAUCGGCUCGUCGUGGCGCUCACGAAACGCCCGAGUGAAUUAUGGCUAGGUGCAUAUACGCCUUGCACUAUACAUACAUAACAUACGCGCCCACAUAGCUAUAGCUAUGUGCAGUGAAGGCUGCAAGUACCUAGCUAGUCAAACAAAGCAUUUUGCCCACAAAUCCAUACUGCCAGUCUGCCAUGGCCAGCCACACGGUUCUUUGUGAAAUUUCGCGUCGAACGGCCGCGGGAGUGAUGUCAUGUUGUAAAUAAUACAUCUCAAAACAUCUGUGAUUGUCAAUUUCAAUUUUUAUGUGUAACUACUUUGAGGUUAGGUUGUGAUUUUCUAUUGCAACUGUUAUUUAAACAUAGCCAAUGUGAUAAAACCGUGAAAAGCAGCAUUCCAAGAGUAGUGGUUAUUGUACAGAGUGUAGUGAGAUCAAUAUAGUGACAGUGCUGAGACCUGAGAGUGGCCACUGGCCAGGGCAGUCGCUGUGCAGUGAGUUUUGUGAUGUCAGUCAGUCAUUGCAGUCAGUUUGGGUUGAUGGCCCAUUGAACAGUCUUGCCUAGUGUUAAAUGUGAUUGUGGAGUGUCAGUGAGUUGUGCAAGUGCUCCAUGUAACAGCCGGCCUCAUGAUCAGGGAGGAGGGCGAAGACAAGCCGAAGCCGACGGAGAGUCAGGACGACGGUUAUGAGACGAGCAACAGCGGCGAGGCGGCGCGCCGCAAGCCCUCCAGUACGGAGGCGUCGCCCGCGCCGCCGCCCGAACCCUCCCCGCCCCCGGACCCCCCCUACGAGCCCCUGCUGCGCCACUACCCGGACCACGAGCCAGAGCCAUACCGCCACUUCGAACCGCCCGCACCGCCCCAGCCCCAACCGGAACCGCAGUACCAGCACUUCUUUCCGAAGUACAACGACCCGUACGCGUUCAAGCGUGAGCCGGACGCGCCAUAUGACAUGAGCCAGCACCACCAGCACCAGCACCACCAGCACCCACACCACCAACACCAGUACGGGCCGCCAGGAAAGAGGGACGACGACAUGUACAACGGCAUCAAGAGGGAGUGCGAGGACCCGUACUCGUUCGUGGAGGAGGAGGCGAUGUGCGCGAUGCUGGGCCAGCCGCCGCACCACGGCAUGCCGCCGCACAUGCAGCACCACGAGCAGCAUCCGCACAUGAUGCACCCGCAACAGAUGAUGCUCAAUCAGCCCAAAAAGAGAGGCCGCAAGAAGAAGAUCAAAGACGAGAACGGCAUGGAGAUAAAAGCGGAGCCAGGGAUGGAGGGGGCGCUGGUGGCGCGGCCGGUGAAGGAGCGAAAGAAGCACGACCGAUUCAACGGCAUGAGCGAGGAGGAGGUCUCACGGCGGACCCUGCCCGACCACCUCACCGAGAACCUGGACAUCAUCAUUAUCGGCAUCAACCCGGGCCUGUUCGCCGCGUACAAGGGGCACCACUACGCCGGCCCCGGGAACCACUUCUGGAAGUGCCUGUACCUGUCCGGCCUCACCAGGGAACAGAUGAGCGCCGACGAAGAUUACAAGUUAUUGAACUUCGGCAUCGGGUUCACGAACAUGGUGCCGCGCGCGACCAAGGGCUCGGCGGACCUGACGCGGCGCGAGAUCAAGGAGGGCUCCGCGAUCCUGCUCGAGAAGCUGCAGACGUUCCGGCCCAAGGUGGCCGUGUUCAACGGGAAGCUCAUCUACGAGGUGUUCUCCGGCAAGAAGGACUUCUGCUUCGGCAAGCAGCCGGACACCAUCGCCGGCACCAACACUUACAUGUGGGUGAUGCCGUCGUCGUCGGCGCGGUGCGCACAGCUGCCGCGCGCGGCCGACAAGGUGCCCUUCUACGCGGCGCUGAAGAAGUUCCGCGACUACCUGAACGGGCUCGUGGCGCACGUGGACGAGGCCGAGCUCGUGUUCCCCGACAACACGAGCCGCCGCCCGCAGGAGGAGAUGGAGAUACGCAGACUGACAAUGGAACCGGAGCCGGGCGACACGAUCAUUCUAGAAGACGGCACAGAGGUUCCACUCAAAAAGAAACGAGGUAGACCUAAGAAGGUGAAGCUGGAGAACGGAGAGACAGCCCCACCGGUGCCCCGGGCCCCGAGACAGCCGCGGCCGCCGCCAGUCCUCGAUCCCAACGGGGACCAGCCGCCCAAAAAGAAGCGCGGUCGACCCAAGAAGAUCAGGCCCGAGGAGCAGCAAUUCCUGUUGCAACAGCAGCAGCAACAGCAACAGCAGCAACAGGCGAACGCGAUGCUGCAGCCGCAGCUGCCGUCGCUGCAGCCGCUGCCGCACGAGGCGCCGUACCUGGGCCACGGCGAGUUCCAGAGCCAGCUGCCGUCGCCGCUGGGCCAGGGCUCGCUGCUGUACCAGCACCAGCACCAGCACCAGCCGCCGCACCAGCAGCACCAGCCGCCGCACCAGCAGCCGCUCGCCGCCGACGCCGGCUCCUACUACCAGCCGCCCGGCGCCGCUGUCGGAGCCGGCAUGGAGUCGCCGCUGGACGUGUCGGGCGCGCUGCUGGGCCGCGGCUACGGGUCGCCGGGGCCGGGCGCGGGGCCGGGGCCGGGGCCAGGGCCGGGCCCGGGGCCGGGCGCGGGCUACGCGGCGUCGCCGCGCGCCGUGUACGCGUCGCCGCGGCCGCAGGGCUACUCGCCGGGGCCCGCGCGCCCCGCCGGCACGCCGCAGCCACAGUACCCGUCGAGCCCGGCGGCGUUCUCGGCGCCGUCGCCGCCGCGCGCCGGCUACGGGUCGCCGGCGGGGCGCGGCGCGGGCGCGGGGCCGGGGCCGGGGCCGGGGCCGGGGCCGGGGCAGGGGCCGGGGCCGGGCGCGGGGCCGGCGGCGGCCCGCAGCCCGCUGUACUCGCACAGCCCGGCGGCCUACCAGCAGGCCAGCCCGGCCGCGCAGGCGCGCUUCUCGCAGUCGCCGCACGCGCACCACCCGCUGCCGCACCCCUACUCGCGCUCGCCCGCGCCGCAGGCGCAAGCGCGGCCGUACUCGCGGUCGCCGGCGCCGGGCGGCGGCGGCACGACGCCGUUCCCGGCGGCGUCGCCGGCGGGCGGCGGCGGCGGCGGCGGCGGCGGCGGCCUGCACAGCUACACGCCGUCGCCGGCGCACACGCCGUACAGCCAGCACUCGUCGCCAGCGCCCGCCUCGCGCACGCCCACCUACACCGACACGCAUCACUUCGCCGCACAGGGCGGCGGCGCGGGUGGCGGCGGCGGCGGCGGCGGCGGCGCGUUCGGCGCGGAGCUGUCGAGCGAGAUCGGCGCGGCCAUCUCGUCGCCGGGCCCCGUGUCGCCCGGCAUGGCGGCGCUGGACUUCGAGCCGCCGCGGGACCCCGACGCCAGCCCCAUGGGCAGCACCGACAUGCACCCCGGCAGCAACAGCAACUCCUCGCUCUCCGACUACAACAAGACAAAUCCGGGCGUAAGCGAGAUGUCCCCUGCGGGGGGCGUGGCGCCGCCGGGGACGGGCUCGUUCGGCGGCUCGCUGUACGACGGCGAGGGACGGCUGGGCGCCGCCGCCGGCUACGACGCGGCCGACGGCGGCCGCAUGUACCACCACGCGAUGCCGCACCACUCGCCCGACCAGGACAAGCCCGAACACUACCACUACCAACAGGACCAGGGUAACGGUGUGGCGGAGAGUCCACGGUUAGACCAGCUACAUCAGCAUCCCUCCAUGUAUCCUAGCAAUUUCAACAGGUCGACGCCCCCCGGCGGCGGCGGCGGCGGCGGCGGCGCGGCGGGCGGCGGCGAGGGCCCGUUCUCGCCGCUGCCGGCGCCCGCGUUCCGGCCGGCCGAGCACCACGCGCCUGCAUCGCCAGCCGAGUUCGCCGGCGCCGCGAAGCCCAAGUCGCAGGACGUGGCGUCCAAGUCGCUGUCGGGGCUGGAGUCGCUGGUGGACCAGAUCCCGUCCAUCGCGGAGGGCCCGGGCGGCGGCGGCGGCGGCGGCGGCGGCGGCGCGGCGCCGGCCGAGCUGGCGGCCGCGCCCGCGCCCGCGCUGCCCGACUACGCGCCCGCGCUCUACGCGCCCUACGGCGCCUACGGCGGCGCCGCCUACGGCAACAACGGGUACGGCGCGCCGUUCGUGGGCUACGGCGGCGGCUGGGGCACGGCCGUGAUGCGGCCCACGCCCGGCUACCUGUCCGAGUGGCAGUACGGCUACCCGGCCGGCGUGCCCGCCUCCUACGCGCCCUACAACGGCUACUACAACGGCUACGGCGCGCCGCCGCCCGCGCACCACCAGCAGCCGCACUACCUGUCGGCGCCGCCGCUCAUCGACCUGCACAAGAACGGCGAGGCGCCCGUCCCCGCCGUGCCCUCCGUGCCCUCCGUCGGCUUCGGCGGCUUCUGUUAGUGGCUCCCCCACCACCGCCACGCCACCUCGCGGCUCCUAGUGUAAGUAGCCAAUUGGACUGAACUGCCCACUCGAGCGGCGGACGGGUCACUGCGACUGGUGUAGAGCGAUCGUUAGUGAUGUAAUUUAAUCUUUUUCAACUGAGGAGCUUAAUUUGUAGGGUUUAUUUGUAAAUAUUGUACGUAUUCCGUUUCGGUCCAUCACACGUUUGUUUGACUAAUCGCUAGGUGCACCGCAGGUAGUCUCGCGGUCGGUCCGCGACGUGUGAGGCCGGCCCGCGCGCUGCGGCGGCUGCGCCAGCAGCUGGCGGCCAGUAGCUGGCGGCCAGCGGCUCGGCCGAGCGGCGGGCGAGCCGGCGUAGUUGCGAGUGAUCUUGUUUAGUUUUAGUGCGCGGGCGCAUUUGGUGGGCUGCGGGCCGCGCGGCGGGCCGCGCUUAAUUUAUUCGGAAUGUCUGUGAUCUUCGGUGUCGUCUAAUAUUUAUAGUGAAUGGCCAUUUUUGUUGCCAUACGAAAAUGCUGUGUUCGGAAUAGGCGCGCGAUCCGGCUCGAGGGAUCGCGUCGCAGUCGUCGUUCGAAAUCUUGCCAGUGGAGUGUUUCGCGUUCUAGUCACUUACUAAUUCGUGUCGGCUAGUCAAAUUGAUAAAAAUUAACGGCUCGCGCCCACUCGCCAGCUCUGGCUCCCACGCAAAUCGCCCGAAUGGUACAUAAUUUUAUCUAAGUCACAAGAACGGCCUAUGAGAUAUGUGUUGUAUACUUUGUUUAGGUUUUACUUACUUACACGUCACAUGGAACGGUGGCACUAUUUAUAAUUGAAUUUUAGCAUUUUUUAUACACGAUAACUAUAUUUUUACAGUCGCACCGAGGCGGCCAUUUUGUCAUAGCGGUCAUUGACCUUCGUGUCUGUAUAUGUGAGUACGGGACUGAGUGGCGGGUAAUACUAGCUCCGCGCCGCCGGAGGUCGAUGGCCGCUAACUAUUGCCAUGGGACACCUUUGCAUUUGACUAAAUGUUACCGAUCAGUUACAUAGCUUCGGAUCGCUAGUGAAUAGCAUAAUUUUACAUAAGAUUAUAACCUAUAUUUUAUUAUACACGCGCCAUUUUAUUGUAAGGCUACUUACUCGACGCUAAAUAAUAACUAAAAUAUCAAUACGGAUACAUUAUCAGUGGAUAUUACUUAAGUGGUGGUUGAGCAAUUCGGUGAACUGAAAUCGUAGUUAUUAUUUAGCUUUGUGGCAAUUUGUUGUACCGAGUGACUGUUUACUUUACGUUGUAAGUUAAUGCAUAAUAUUUAUAUAGGGUGCUCAUGGGUUCGUUGUUUCGUUGUCCGCGGACGCGUGCGUGUGCGUGUGCGUGUGCGUGCGUGUGCGUACCGCCGCGCUCCACGCAAUCUUAUCUCUUAAGUCUUUUUGUAUGUUGUUAAAGUUUUAUUUCCACUUUUGAUGGUAUUUAGAGGUCGGCUCGUGUACAGUCCACAUGUAGAGGUCCUCGAUUGUAGUAUUUGGUCGGUGUGCACCGAGGACUAUUGUCUCCGAAGCAGCAUCGCUCCGGGACGCUCUAUAAAGAAUCUUGUACAAAAAAAAAUCUUAAAUUAGUGAAAUGUUUCCUUUGCACAAACAAUGAAAACAAAUCUUAAGUCUAGGCUAAAACGAAAUAACAUACGUAAUAAAGACAUAUACGUUAAUGAUAGGUUUACUCGAAAGAAUUUAUAUAGUAGAUGGAAUGUCGCCGCGGAGGGUCGCUCUCGUCGAUCGGUCGCUCGUGCUCAGCGGCGCGGCGUCGCGUGACGUCACGCCACGUCGCGUGACGUCACGGCACGCUCGCUGGUGCGGUGCACACAUGAACAUAUUACGACGUGCGCGCGUUACGGCGUGACGUCACACGGCGUAACGAGUCCAUGCCACGGUUUUAUUAUUUAUUUAUUAAAUCUCAAUCAAUAAAUGUAAUCGUGUACAGGUGACGAUGGACUCGUUGAAACUGAUGUGGCUAAUGGUAUUCGCGUAACUGCUUCGGCAAUCAGGAAUCUCGAAUACGAAUCGAAGCCUAGUUACGCGAUACGGCGCGCGUGGCAGCGCAGACGUCGUCCACGUGUAAAUGGGAGUGUCUGUGUGUUGUUCUACGUUAGACUUUUAAUAUUCGUGUGAUAAUUAAUGAUUUCUAUGCUUAUAUCGCGCACAAAUACUCUCACUUACAUUGCACAGUGCGCGUGCGCGUGCGUGUGCGUGCGUGUGCGUGCGUGCGCGUGCGUGUGUGUGUGUGUGUGCAACAGAGUACCAACGUUUUGAAAGUGUUUAUAUUAUUGUUCUCGAACCUUCUUAGUCCGUGUGACGCGGCAAUUAUGUGUGCAUCGUCGCAUUAUAUUAUUACUUAUUUAUUUUUCUUUUUUUUUUUUUUGACAUUUUAAAUGAAGAAAUUUUAAUUUCUAAAAAUGAUAUCAACAGGGUAUUUAAGAUUGCUUAAGAUAUAUUAUUUUAUAUUUAUUAUUAUAUAUUUUGUGUGCGCCGCGUGCGCUAGCCUCGCGCAGUUGUGUUUAGUGUUACUGUACUGACAUUGUUGGCUAAUGUCCACUUGGGUCCCCUAAUCCAGAUCCUCAAAAGGAAUAGUAUUUUUUAUGAUUACAUAGUACGUUGGUGAAGAGAGUAGAGAUAUCCGAAUUAGACUAUAUAUAUUUUUAUUGUACUGCGUAAUUCGGAAAGUUUUUUCAGUCGAGAAUAAUGAACAAGAAAAACUCGACAAUAUUUAUUUAUUUAUUUAACUCUUUAUUGCACCAUAAAUAAAAAUAACAAUAGCUCUUGUUAAAUGGAAAUUUGAUUUUUUUUUGUAUUACACAUUAUAAAUAGAAUAAUUGUAUAAAAUUAAACAAAACUACAGACAAGAAUACAUAAGCCACAAUCUGCUAGAGCAACUACACUCUCUUAAAGAAACGAACUGUCUUAAGAGAAUCGUAAUUUCUCAAUGCAAGAAUUAAAAAUAUGAAUUUUCCCAACGGAUCUGCAUCAUGGGAUCUAUGUGGGCAGGGGACAUAUUCGCACGGAGUAACUGAACGCUCUCGGGCAGCUAACGAAACGCAUAUACUGUGCGCUCUAAACAUGAAUAGCAAGGAUGUUUACCUCGACAGGUCUACUGUGUGAAGAGUACGGUUUGCAAGACAACUGAAAUUUCUGAUGUUAAAUUUAUUUUUUUUAAUAUCUAUUUUGCUGACUCUAGUUUGUUUUAUCAGCUGAUGCUACGUUAUGGCGGUACGUCGUUACUGUAGCUUUUUCGAUCGCAGUUGACUUAUUACUAUAUAUCGCAGUACACGUAGUUAGCUAUCAGAGACCGUUGGUUGUACUUUUAUAAUUAAAUAGUGGUCGCGCACUUCGCCGCCCGCGACACCAGCGUGUACCGUCAGCUUAUAUCAACGUUACCAUCUCUAUGUCACUCCUAAGUUCGAUUCCAAGGUCUAUUAGUGACAGCAAUACUCCAUGUGGAGCCGGCUUUGCGAUUUGUAGAGCAAAUAUAAAUAACUUCUUCCUACCCUUAUCCCAAUUAUUAUAAGAGGUCGGCGUAAUGUUUUUUAUCAAAAAAAUUUGGCUUAGUUUUACGACCGGCCGCCUGCUUGAGGUCAACCCUCUUUGGGAAUCCCUACUUAUAACAUUUCUAGUAUGUUAUUAUUCAUGUAGUCCAACAGUGACAUCUAUUAGCAAAUAUGUAAAAUAAAUAUGAAUAAGUUUAAUGCAGUGAGCGCUGUAUAAACUCAAACCAGCAGUUAUUUUAUUUUUACCUGUAUACUUAAUUCGAUAAUGUAUUAUACUUUAAACGGUAUAUCAACGCUACAAAAUGUGGACUAAGUACAGACAAAUGUGUGUAGUGUAACUUACGAUGAUGAACGUAACGUUUUUAUAAGAGGAUCGUACAGUUUAUAUUUAGUUACCUAAGUUAGUAUUUAAUUUGGCAAUCAACUGUGUUUGUUUAAUAACACUGGAAGUGCUAAAGUCAAGAAGUUUAAAAUCAUAUGGAGAUUUCACUCAACACCAACGUAGUUGUAUUCACUGAAUUUUAUUUUGAUACUCGUCAGGUUUGUUUUAUUGCUAUGUUUAAGUGAGAUAGAAUAUAAUGAACCCAUUUAACCAUCUUUUUCUAUAAGCAACUCUUGACUACUUCUAUUGGGGUAGAUGCUAAACAAAAGGUAACCACCCACCAUUGUUUCCAAUCUCUACAAGUCGCUCUUACCUGUAUUUUGUCAUUAUUGAGUUUUACUAUUACUUUCUUUGUUAUACAGUCAUGGCCGUAGCUAGGGGCGGGGGGGGGGGGGGCAGUGUCCUAUCUUAAAAGGCCCAUUGCCCUACACUAAAAUGAAAGAUAUCAAGUAAAUUAGACAGAUUCGCUUUUUUAAGUCACUUAAUUAUAGCUUCUACCCUACCGAAAAGUUCUUUGGCCCUACCUUAAACUUGGGUCUAGCUACGGCCCUGUAUACAGCAUAUGGUAAUAAACGACUUAGUAAUUUAAUUAUAUUCUAUUUUUCUCAUAAUUCUGAUACUUUCUUGAUACUUUUUCAUUACUGUACAGUAACUGGGCCCCUACCUUAAAUUCGAGUUGGUGUUUCCAGUGUUAUCUCAAUUUGGUUGUAAACUUCUCAGUGUUGCUAGUAACGGGUGGCGAGUCGCGCGACACACCUCGACACUAGUUACAAUGACACUUGCGUGUGUAUAUAAUGAGUGCUUUAUUACGCUUUUUUGAUAUUAUUAUUAUUUUUUUAUUUAAAUACACUUAUUUCUAUAUUUUUGCUUUUGUACAAAACACAAUCGUGUAUGUAUUCGUAUAUUGUGUACCACAAUGUAAUCAAAUUGCGCGCGUGUCGCACCUAGUCAGUGGUGUCGCUGCCGGGGAGUGACUUGAACAUCACUUGCGCUGUACUAGACAUGAGGGCGGGCAUACAUGUGUUUUAAUAGAUCCCACGAUUGUAUGGACAUUGCUUGGCAAUUUUAGUCCCUAAAUCAAGUGCAAUAGAGUCUAAUUUUCAAAUAAUGUAAUAACGCUCAUCGGAUUUUGUUACUGUACUGUGCAAAGACUGCGCAAGACUGAUAUAGACUUUGUCUAUGAUUAUGUUCAAGUUGUUUGCCGCGUGCCACGCCUACUGUUCAACUUUUUAACAUUAGUUUUCCUUUUGUCUGUGAUACACACUAUCUGAACACUCGAAUACUUGUGCUUAAUCGUUGUAUGUACUUAAAUGUUGUAAGUAUAAGUUUCCAAGCAGACUAUUACAAGAAUAUUUACUAUAUUUUAAAACUAGUCGUUGCCUGUGACAUCGUCCAUUGUUUAGUAUGAUACUUUGUGACUCCAGGGCUGUUAUAUACGUGUUUUUAACACUAAUGAAAGAUUUUGGAAUCCUUUCACGAGGCUUGUACUGUAUAUGCCCUAGUUUUGUAAUUCAUGAAUAUAGUUACAAUGGGACAUAUCUAUCUAAAAGAGACAGUGAUACCACUAUUCAAGUAACAUUGCAUUUUUAAUAACAGCGUCAUAUUUUCUAUAAUUGUUUUAGCAUUUAAGCUGUUAACAAAAUCUUAAAUAUGGACUUUUUAGUUGGUAUCCUAAUAUAAAAAAUAAAAAUCAAUAAAAAAUUAUUUAAAUUUAAAACGUGAGGAUGAUCACGAAGUGUGACGUCAUCGUGAAUUAAAAAAUGGCGGGCGACGUCGCAGUCAUCAACUAGUUAUCAAUAUAAAACACCAAUAUGUAUAAGUUAUACAAAUAAUGAAGUUUUAUUUAAAGUAACUAAACGAGUGGAGGCCGCGCGAUACAAUGCGAUCUAAAUGAUUCUCCAAGCGCUGUAGUCUCAAUUGAUGUAAUAUAUUCGUCUCUUUCCAACAGUUAUAUUCUAGCUAUAUUUUUUAUUUACGAACACAUACAAAGUUAAAGUGUGGGAAGAAACAUCAAGCGGUUAAGAGUCAAACCAGGCCCUCUAGACAAGUGGCAAGCGAAUUCGUCGAUGGAAUCGACAUCGUUAGCCAGUCCGUGCGUUGGAAUGAGUCGUCCGGCGUUGCUAACUUAUUCUGUCUCAAGGACUCGCUAGCGAUGUCGUUUCCAUCGACAAAUUCGCUUGUCACUUGUCUAAAGGGCUUGCCCAAUACACUGGCUUACUGUGUACAAAUGGAUCAUGUUUCUUGUAAAUUAAUAAAUAAAUGAAUUUCAGUAUACAAUUAUUUAUAUUAUACAUCGCGGCAAUAUAUUUUGAAGAUUUUAAAUGAAAUGAAAUUUCUUUAUUCGAGUUACCCUAGUCCUGCACUGUUCAGUGCUUUGUUCCUUAAACCAUCCCUUACGGUAUCCCCAAAAUAAAAGGGGAUAGAGGGAUUAAAAAUUUAUGUAAGUUUUUAUUUUAUUAUAUCUUAUGCGAGACUGGCGUAACCAUUGAUACAGCUAGAUAUGACUGUUCUAGAUAGAUGAGCAUUGCCAGCAUCGAGUGUUAGCUGGAAAUCGUGAACGCUGAUCGAAGUAAAGGCCUACACACGCCGCCGUAAUGGAGUCCGGUGCUAGGGGGCGCGCGGGCGGCGGCCGCGGCCGGCCAAUACGUACACGCGGAGUGCAAACGCUCUAGUACUACUUUUAAUCGAUAGUAAUUUAAUGGUGUCCCUACCCAUGCUAAUAAUAGUAUACAAUGGUAGGGCACUGGUGGAGGUUCAUUAUGAACGCGAAGCCACAUCAAUGUGCCCGUCAUGGGGGAUUUAAGAAAAAUUUAUCGCGAUGAUAUCUAGGGGGACCGCGUGGAGGUCGACUUGAC